AUGUCUGCGGUUGGCAAAGUGCAAGUGCUGAUGGAUAACAUCUCGUUUGGGCUUGUUUCUAAAGUACGCAAACGGUUUUCAGUCGAUGACGGUGGGGUUCAAGUGAUCCAGCCUCCAAAUAUGGAAACACCCAGGUCUUGUUCUCCUUCAGCCGUGCGAAGACUCUCAAAGCUGUCGGAACCACUAGUUGGCGCCAGAAUAAUACAACGGCGGGUGACAAGUCCCGCACGUAUGGAGAAGUCGUCCUCCAAUAGCUCACAGUCAACGAAAACAUUAACCUCCAAAAGAGGUUCUUUCAGGGCCAAAAAAGAACCCUUGCCGAAUAAGCUACGUGAUCCCGAAAUUAGCAUGCCGAGGGCAUUACACGAGCUACAUCCCGUUCCUUCCAACGUUUCGGAACAAUCAAGCAUAGCCAACACUACCGAGUCGGUCGCCGCCCGAUUCCACAUAGUUUUCGACGACCACUUAAUUCCGGGCAUGGAAUGA